AUGGUAAGGUGUUCAAAGCAUCUGCACAAAUCGAGGAUUAUUCAUGGCGAUGUCAAGACUGAAAACUUUCUUGUGUUCAACACACAAGCCGGAGGUGAUGUGGUGAUAAAAAUCACGGAUUUCGGUUUGGCUGCCACUAAAACCGAGACAAGAUCAAAAACUGCUUUUCCGAUGGCAGGGACGUUCUUGUGGAUGGCUCCAGAGCUCAACGAAGGGGCUGCACAGACAUUCAGUGCCGAUGUCUUUUCCAUGGGACUGGUUCUUUUUGAGAUUGCUGGUUUGAGCCCACCCUACAGAGGCCUGAGGUCCAAUAAUAUGGUGCAAAAGAGGAAAGUAGCUGGGAAGAAUCCAGUUCCCAUUCCAGAUGACUGCCCUGAAGCAGUGGCAGGGCUGAUGAAGCGCUGUAUUGCUCCUGCUGCUUGUGAGAGACCAAGAAUGGAUCAAGUGUGCACAGAACUGGAAGAAGCUUUGCAGCAGUACCAAAGGGCGAAGCCAGAUGCGUGGUCGAAGCAGGAGGACGAGCAGAUCCUGGAAUUGCACAAGAAAUACGGCAACAAAUGGACGGAGAUCGCGAGGAGGAUCGGCAGGCGGACGGACAACGCGGUGAAAGCCCGCUACCAGGUGAUUGUCAGGAGGGACGAGGAGACCAAGAGCAACAGCGGGGAUAUGAUGGAUGGCGUGGAGGCGGCAUCGACGAGAGACAACAUAAAAAACACCUCACUGGAGAGAGUGAGGGAGGAGCUGCAGAGGCAGGAGAGGAAGAGGCGGGAGCAGCAGCGGCUUGCACAGGAACAGAAGGAUCAAUGGCGCAGGGUACUGAAUGGCUGCAAGGAGCAAAUGAAAGUCAGAAAGGGGCCACCCACCCACUCAGUGAACAUGCAGCAGGAUCAAAUGUCAUGCGCACUGCCAGUCAGGCAGGUCUUUGUCAGGAAUCUUUGGGUCACAGAGUUGCCUGCUAAUUCCAACAUCUGCUGA